UAAAACCACACCAGGUUCGUCGUAUAGGAGAAGUGAUCUUUGCUACAGGUUGUACCGCCGCUCAUUUCUCCCUGCACUAAAAACAAAUUGCUGCCAAACUUUUCCAGAGCUCGUUCCGGCUCGAAGGGCGUGAAGACGUCAGGUGAGACCACCUGCUAGGUCCACGUCCAGCCCGUCUCCGAGGCGCGCUCACAUCUCAGCACCUUGGACAGCGCGCGGCGCCGCAGUGGCGGUGCGCGGAUUCAACCGGUGGCUUCGGACCGGAGCGGCAGUGCGAGAGGGGACAGACUGAGUGAAUGUUACAUAAAAACUCUUCGUGCCCCACAUGUGGGAGAGGCUCGAUUUCUGGAUCACUUGGACUCGUGUUCGGUCGUUCCCUCUCGCACGGAGCGCCUCCGUCCGUCUCAUCGUGCGGGUAGGCGUGCCACUGGAUGCGUGGUCGAGUCCGGGAGCCGUGCUGAGCAGCGUGGAAUAAGGCGGGCGGAGUGGUGCGGUGGUGGUGGUGGUGCUGCUGCUGCCUAAGAGACCCCCCAUUUAUAAGGAUGCUGGUGGGAAAUGAUUGGAGACAGAGAUGACGAGAUUUGUCAAAAGGCACUUGAACUCCUGUCAGAUCUUUGCUCAAAGGGGGAAGUGCAGAACGAACACUGCCUGGAUUUUAUCUACUAUUUCCGAGACCUCGCCAGGCCACGGUACACGGAUUCAGAUAUAUCAGUGAGUCUGCUGUCACUCGUUGUGACUGCCUGUGGCUUGGCCCUGUUUGGCGUCUCCCUCUUUGUCUCCUGGAAGCUCUGCUGGAUACCAUGGAGGGAACGUGGGCUUUCCCCCAUCACCAAGGAGCCCCACGGGCACCUCAACCCCACCAUGAGCCCUCUGCCCUCGCAGCUGGCGCCCAGGCAACCGGUUUACACAGCUGUGGACCCUCCGGCGCACAACCGCCGUGAGUCAUCGCAAUGUUCCAUCGCCAGAGAGCCCACUCCUGUGGCGUCGGUGGUAUCAGUGGAGGCUCCGGUGACCCCUGUGUCACCACCACCUGUGGUCUUGGCCACACCAGAGGCAGCUAUGAAGAUCAGUCAUACAUCUCCAGACAUCCCAUUGGAUGCCCAGAGUAAAAGUCGGGAGAAUGGGGUUCACACGAACCCUCGUAUGCAGAGGCAGACCACUGAACCUCCACCCUCUGGUCACCCAAUAUCUGAAAUGGGACAAGGGUCCAUACGUAGACAUAUGAACCUGUCUAACCCAGACUUCAAUGUGGCUCAGUUCCAAAGGCAGGACUCCCUCACUGGGAUGGGGCUUGGUCUCGGUCGCCUCAAACCUGAGCUCUACAAACAGCGCUCCCUCGAGGGAGAUGAGGGCAGUCGCAGGGGCGGGGGCUGUGGGCGCCUCCACUUCAUCCUCAAAUUUGACUGCGACCUGGAACAGUUAAUAGUUAAGAUCCACAAAGCAGAGGACCUCCCAGCCAAGGACUUCUCUGGUACCUCUGACCCUUAUGUUAAGAUCUACCUUCUCCCCGAUCGUAUGACCAAGCACCAGACCAAGGUGCACCGCAAGACGCUGAACCCUGUGUUUGAUGAGGUCUUCCUGUUUCCAGUGGCGUACUCUGAGCUUCCCACACGCAAGCUGCACUUCAGUGUCUAUGACUUCGACCGCUUUUCACGCCACGACAUUAUUGGCCAAGUGGUUGUUGACAACUUCCUGGAUCUGGCCGAUUUCCCCCGGGAGACAAAGCUCUGCCGGGAAAUCCAAUACGUGUCUACGGAUAACGUGGACCUCGGUGAUCUGAUGUUUUCGCUCUGCUACCUGCCCACUGCGGGCAGACUGACCAUUACCAUGAUAAAGGCUCGCAAUCUCAAGGCCAUGGAUAUCACCGGUGCAUCUGAUCCAUACGUGAAGGUUUCACUCAUGUGUGAAGGUCGCAGACUGAAGAAGCGAAAGACAUCGACGAAGAGGAACACUCUGAAUCCGAUCUAUAACGAGGCCAUUGUCUUUGACGUCCCCCCAGAAAAUAUAGAGCAGAUCAGUCUUCUGAUUGCAGUGAUGGACUAUGACCGUGUAGGCCAUAACGAGGUCAUCGGCGUGUGUCGAGUUGGCAACGAUGCGGACAGCCUCGGUCGAGACCACUGGAGUGAAAUGCUCACAUAUCCUCGAAAACCUGUCGCCCACUGGCAUCCUCUCGUUGAGUACCAGGGGACCACAGGAAGUAGCCAGGGGGGAUCCUGCAAUUCUCUGAAGACGCCGCCUUCUCCGUAGCCUUGAGCAACAACUCACACAAAGGGCACCAAUCAGCCUCGGCCGUUACCGUUGGCCCUUUGGAGUAGAGCUGCUGAGUGCUGCGUGCAUACGGUUCUAAAAAGAAGAAAAUGUCGAUAACAUUCUAUAGAAGAGAGAGAAAGACAAGAACUGAGCUUUGCUCAGCGUGAUCAGUUGCAUGUUGAAUGACCACAAAGAUGGAUGUUUUCUUUUAUAUAAUAUCCCACGAGAAAAACAACAGGUGCGUGCAGACAUUUUAAGUCGGUGCUGUUCCUGGGUUUAUACAGUAGUUACUGUUUUUUACAUAGUCUUGUUACUUGUUUUAAUGAGGUGAGUCUGUAUUUGCACAAUGUACUUACAACCAGUUGAACUGCCAUACUGUUCUUAAUUUUGGUGGUUAAUUGGUGCAUGAGGUCAUGAUUCGAUGGGAUAUCUUCUCCUGGUUUUGUUCGUUUCCAUUUCUACUUUUGGGAAAUACAAUGUGUCGUUCUGUCGGUUGACGUGUAGUGACGGUUCAUUUCUAAACAAAGUAUCUGUAUGCAAAUGUGUUAAAUGUUAUUGAUAAAUAUUAUUCCAUUAAAAAAAAACAAAAAAACAA